GGAAGCAUCUGUAGAUGAAAACAAUGAAGGCAACAUGUCAAUGAUAUGGGUAGAAUGGUUAGAACAUAUUACUGAAUUUCAUCCAAUAGGAUGGUUUGACCAACCUCCAGUUUCAGCAACAUCUGCGUAUUAUUAUAUUGUUCACUUUUCAUCUG